GCGCUCUGCGCCGCGUGUCACUCCACCGCAGCAUGGAGACGUCGUGUUUGUAAAAAUCACACCGCUGCUGUCAAGGAGCCCCCUUUUUGUCCUCUCUGCUGUCCUCCUCUCUUCCUUUCCAACAAUUAGUAACGCUCACCGCUCCCCCUCCAGUUAUUUGAUCAGAAAUAAUGGACGCUGCUCCCGCACUCUUGUUCCUGCUGUGCGGACUUGGCGUUUCUCUGGAGGCUGACUGGGAGCUUCAGGGCUCUCCUGUUGCUCCAACCGAGGAUGCUGUCGAUUACAAGGAUCCCUGCAAAGCUGCUGCCUUUCUGGGAGACAUCGCUUUGGAUGAAGAAGAUGUGAGGAUAUUUCAAGACGCCAUCAGCAGUCAUAAAGCACAACACACUGACACAAACUCAGCCACGACAAGUGAAGACAGUCGAAGAUUUCAACACAGUAAAAGCCGGCGUCGCCGCCGCAGAGCAGCUACUUCCAGGCCUGAGCGAGUUUGGCCUAAUGGCAUCAUCCCUUAUAUGAUCAGCGGCAAUUUCAGUGGUAGCCAACGAGCUAUUUUCCGCCAAGCAAUGCGACACUGGGAGAAACACACAUGUGUGACAUUUAUAGAGAGGACAACUGAGGAGAGCUACAUUGUUUUCACCUACAGACCAUGUGGGUGUUGCUCCUAUGUAGGGAGGAGAGGUGGAGGUCCUCAGGCCAUCUCCAUCGGGAAGAACUGCGAUAAGUUUGGCAUCGUGGUCCAUGAACUCGGCCAUGUGAUCGGCUUCUGGCACGAGCACACUCGGCCAGACCGUGACGAGCAUGUAAGCAUCGUCAGAGACAACAUCCAAGCAGGGCAGGAGUAUAACUUUCUGAAGAUGGAGCCAGAUGAGGUGGACUCACUGGGAGAGGUGUACGACUUUGACAGCAUCAUGCAUUAUGCUAGAAACACGUUUUCCAGGGGAAUCUUCUUGGACACAAUCUUACCCCGUUAUGAUGUCAACGGAGUCAGGCCAGCUAUUGGACAGAGGACCAAGCUUAGCAAAGGGGACAUUUCACAAGCCUGCAAACUCUAUAAAUGUGCAAGAUGUGGGGAGAGCCUGCAGGAGAGCACUGGAAACUUCUCUUCUCCUGGUUUCCCCAUUGGUUAUUCAGCAUACUCUCACUGUGUUUGGAGGAUCUCUGUCACUCCUGGAGAAAAGAUUGUUCUGAACUUCACUUCCAUGGACCUCUUCAGGAGUCAUCUGUGCUGGUACGAUUAUGUGGAGGUCCGAGACGGGUUCUGGAGGAAAGCUCCACUGAGAGGUCGUUUUUGUGGAGACGCACUGCCAGAUACAAUCGUGUCCACUGACAGUCGUCUGUGGGUGGAGUUCAGAAGCAGCAGCAGUUGGGUGGGAAAAGGUUUCUCAGCUGUUUAUGAGGCCGUGUGUGGGGGAAAGGUGGAACGGGAUCACGGCCAGAUUCAGUCUCCCAACUAUCCAGAUGACUACCAGUCCAAUAAAAUGUGCGUGUGGAGGAUUACUGUUCCAGAAAGUUUUAAUGUUGGCCUCUCCUUUCAGUCCUUUGAGAUUGAAAAACAUGACAGCUGUGCCUACGACUAUGUGGAGGUGAGGGAUGGCGGUUCAGGGAGUGAUCCGCUGCUGGGACGAUUUUGCGGCUAUGACAAGCCGGGAGACCUGAAAAGCAGCUCCAACAAGCUCUGGCUCAAGUUUGUGUCUGAUGGAUCAGUCAAUAAAGCUGGGUUUGCUGCCAGCUUUUUUAAAGAGAUGGAUGAGUGCUCCAGGCCUGACAGAGGCCACUGCGAGCAGCGCUGUCUGAACACUCUGGGCAGCUACAGAUGCGCCUGUGACCCUGGAUACGAGCUGGCGGCGGACAGACGAAGCUGUCAGACAGCUGCCUGCGGUGGCUUCAUCACGAGUCUGAACGGCUCCCUUAACACCCCCGGUUGGCCUGGAGAUUAUCCACCCAACAAGAACUGUGUCUGGCAACUGGUGGCCCCCACUCAGUAUCGCAUCACUCUUCUCUUUGAUGGUUUUGAAACUGAAGGCAAUGACGUUUGCAAGUACGACUUUGUGGAAGUGCGAAGCGGGAUGAGUCCUGACUCGCAACUUCAUGGGAGGUUCUGUGGUGCAGAGAGGCCCGACGCCAUCACUUCCCUGCACAACAACCUGAGGAUUGAGUUCAAGUCAGACAACACUGUGUCCAAGAAGGGCUUUAAGGCACACUUUUUUUCUGAUAUUGACGAAUGCUCCAAAGCUAACGGAGGCUGCCAGCAUGAAUGUGUAAACACCUUUGGAAGCUACACGUGUCAGUGUCGCAGCGGCUUCAUGCUUCAUGAUAACAAACAGGACUGCAAGGAAGCGGGAUGUGAUCACGUUGUAAGCAGCGUGUCUGGCACAAUCAGCAGCCCGAACUGGCCUGACAGAUAUCCCAGUAAGAAGGCCUGUACGUGGUCACUGUCCACUACCCCGGGACAUCGAAUCAAAAUUGUUUUUAAUGAGGUUGACAUGGAGACUCAUCUGGAGUGUGCUUAUGACCAUCUGGAGAUCUUUGAUGGAAAAGAUGAUCGCACUCCAACCCUUGGCCGCUUCUGUGGCACAAAAAAACCUGCUGCAGUUGUAUCCAGCAGCAACAAAAUGUUCCUGCGCUUUUUAUCUGACAACUCGGUUCAAAAGAGGGGAUUUGAAACAUCAUAUAGGGCAGAAUGUGGAGGAAAUUUAAAGGCUGCAGUCGAGACAAAAGAUCUGUACUCUCAUGCACAGUUUGGAGAUAACAAUUACCCCGGAGGCUCUGACUGCCUCUGGGUGAUCACUGCUGAGAAGGGCUACGGAGUGGAAAUGAUCUUCCAAGUGUUCGAGAUCGAGGAAGAGGUGGACUGUGGAUACGAUUACGUCGAGCUGUACGACGGCACAGAUGUCAAGUGUCCACGGCUGGGAAGAUAUUGUGGAUCAGGGGCUCCAGAAGACGUUUACUCAGCUGGAGAUGCCAUUGUCUUAAAGUUUCACUCUGACGACAGCAUCAGUAGGAAAGGCUUUCACGCACGAUACACCAGCACAAAGUUCCAGGAUACUUUACAUGCAAGCAAGUGACGCUCUGAUCCAAAAUGGAGACUCAAAGCCUAGAAUUAGGUGGAACACACCCUUUUCCAGGCACAGAGUAUAUGCAUGGGUUGCUACCACAAAUACCGACCUACAUUCUUCACAUUUGUUAGACUGAGGGAGAGGUUGCAGAAAAAUCACAUCUGUAUUUCUCCAUUUUGUAAAUGUUUAGUUCAAGAGGAACAUUUCUAGUGUUCUCUUAACUAGUAAUGAGGUUAAUGAAUAAAUUCACUGUCAUGAUAUAAAAUAUAUAAUUUGAUCUAGAGUUUGCUGUGGCUUCUAUUCGAUAAAUCCCCGGUCUUACUUUUUACUCUUUGAUAGUGUGGUCUAUCUAAAAAAAUACAUUUGAUGCGGUCUGUGAUGCAAAUGUGCAGUGAUUAGAAUCAAAAUUGAGCUUUGCACAAUUUUUUUCUUUUGUUUGUGGAAUCAUAAAAGGCUUAUAACUCAUUAUUUCCCUGCAAUUAUACAAUCUGUUUGCUUUUAAGCAAGUAUUUUAAAUAACUAAUAAAUUAAGGCCAAUGACUGCUUAAAACUAACCAAA